AUGACUCUUGGAGGCGAGCCUCUCGGCCGCAUCACCUUUGAGCUUUUCAAGGAUGUCGUUCCCAAGACGGCGGAAAACUUCCGCCAGUUCUGCACCGGAGAGACCAAGAACUCGGCCGGCCGGCCGCAGGGCUACAAGGGCUCCAAGUUCCACCGCAUCGGCGGCGACUUUCUCAACGGCGACGGCACCGGCUCCACCUGCAUCUGGGGCUACAAGUCCUUUGACGACGAGAACUUUACGCUGAAGCACGAGCAGCCUGGUCUGCUCUCCAUGGCGAACGCCGGCCCCAACACCAACGGCUCCCAGUUCUUCGUCACCACCGUCGCCACCCCCUUCCUCGACGGCAAGCACGUUGUCUUCGGCAAGGUCGUGGACGGCAUGGAAGUCGUCAAGAAGAUGGAGGCCACCAAGACGGGCUACAGGGGCAAGGACGUGCCCAACAUGGACAUCACCAUCGCCCAGUGCGGUGAGAUGUGA